UAUAUAGUGUAGUAGUAUUUAUAUAAAUUGAUCAUGGAUGUCGGUAGUGAAAACAUAGAUUUUGUUAAACUAAUAAAUUUAAAAGGCAAUGUAGAUAAUAUUACCCCUCACAAAAUUGCAGUAGUUGCGUUUAUUCGCGAGUAUGGGCUCUUGAAAAUGGAAGCAAAAGACAUGACCGAUCGUGCCAUGGCUCCAAAGUACAGGAAAGAUUUUUGUAUUCUUGCUUUAAAACUCAUUCAAUGCCCUGAUAUGGAAUUUAAGGAAUUGGAAUCAUUAUUAACAGAUGGCUGCUACAAUUUGCUGGAUGUGCAUUUGGAAAACUUUUGUGUCCGUCUAAAAAAUAUUUACUUUAAUGGUAUUAAUGCAUUGAUGGACUGCGUCACAAGUACAAUUGAUAAGCUAAUGAUUCAACAAGUAGAAACUAUACCUUGUAUUAUAACCAAGUCUAGUGUAUUAGGGUUAUAUUUAAGGAGAAUCCUUUUGUAUUUGGAUAAGCUCACUUUUGUUCAAGUUGUGUCUCUUUACAAGUCAUUUUGUGUAUAUUACCAGAAGGGAAGACCAGGGCUGAUGAUGAGGUCAUUAAGUAAGGAGAAACUGAAUAAUGUGGAAUCUCAAACUUCAUUUAAUGUAUCUCAAGUAUUGCCUGAAGAAUCAAAAACACAGGACCUUGUGUUGAGAAUGAAUAUUGUUGACAGGGAUUUCUUAGAAGAAUGCCAGUGGUCUAGAAAACAAGCAGAGCUCUUUACUGCGCAGCAGGCAAAUCUGUUGCAAAUUAAUGAACAGAAAGCUUUACCACCUAAACAGCUACAAAAAACAAUAAUGCAAAUAAUUAAUGACAUACCCGAAUAUCCUGAUAUACAUUUUCUUAGUUUUCUCAACUGCAUUCGAAUGAAAGAAUUUUGUGGGGCUCAAGACUCGCUGUACAACUGCUUCGACCGGGCCGUGUUCAACAUAUGCGGCACAGGAAAUUCCAGUAACGAUCGAAAUAAAAACUUUCGGUAUGCCGCAUUGAACAGAGCCGCUAUGCACACGCAUUUUGGACACAUGUCAACGGCGAUGGAGGGCGUGCGCGAGGCGUUGGCGACGGCGCAGGAGGCGGCGGACGGGGGCUGCCUGGCGCACGCAGCGGCGUGGGGUGCUCUAGCCGGGGGCCGCGCGCGUCGCGCCGCGCUGCUGGCCCGCGUGCCGCGCCCGCCGCGCGCCGCCGCCGCUGCCGCGCAGCUCAUGGCCCAGCAUGCCGCUGUCAACGCUGCCAGACCGGCGGAAGUGUUUCAGAUAAUAAACAAGGGAGACUCCAUCAACUAUCUACAUUCGAUGACGGACCUGACGAUGGCGGGCCUGGCCAACACCGCCGCGCUUUGGGCCCUGUACGGAAAGACUGAAAUGGCUUCGUUAAACUGCCAACUUCUUCUUAACCUUAAUACGAAGUGCCGUGUGGGCGGCGGUCAGGCGUGGUCGUGGGGCGGGGCGACGGCGUGCGCACGCGCGGGCGCGGCGUGCGCGGCGCACUGGCGGGGACGCGGCGCGCUGGCGGCCGCGCUCGCGGCCCCCCGCGCCGAGCCCGCCCUGCGCCGCGCCGCCGCCGCACACCACGCCGACGCGGCGUUACGCACCGGAAAAUGGGAGGAAGCCGACCAAUGCAUUCGUCAGCUGGCGUCGUUUGACCGUUGGGAGAGUCAGCUGCUGCGGGCUGAGAUGUACUUCCUCAAAGGGGACGCGACAGACGCUCUGGAGGUUUUACACGACGUGCUCGACUACUGCAACACCGAGGACGACAGCCUCCACUACAUGGCGAUACGGAUCAAGGCCAUGAUCAUGAUGUCGGAGGUCCAGCACACGUUCAGCAACAUCAGGUCCACGAACAUAAUGCUCCUCAACGAGGCAUUGUCGUUGGCGAAGAAGUACAACCUGCAUUACUUGGCGGCGACGGCGGAGAUGCACGUCGCUAACGUGCAGCUGCACAUGGGCGGCGCGCGGAACUCGCUGCUGCUCGCGCGGAAAGUGCUGCCGGUUAUUAUGGAGCACGGCAGCGCCUACGAUUCCGCGAGAGCGCUCCUGUUAUAUACCAAAUGCCGCAUCGCAACAGCGCCGCCGGCGGGCGAGGCGCGCGUGCAAGUUCUACAGACAUGCUGCAAUUCACUUGACAUUGUCAAAGAAAACUUUACUAAAAUCGGAGCGCAGGCGAGGUUACUUCACACUUGGUAUUUACAGGCUCAAUUAUAUCACGAUAUCGGCAAUGUGAUUUCUCGAAACCAAUGUGCGUGGAUGUACAGACAAAUCGAAUCGCAAAUUUCUGUUGAAUCUUCAAAUAUGCUACUUGUGAUGUAUUAAUUUUUACGUUAAUAAAAAUAGAAUAUUCAAUAAA